GCUUUCCGCCCUCCCUUCCUAAACUUUGCACACGCCGCGAGAGAGAGAACGAGAGCAUGCCAAAGUCCCUCUCUCUCUCUCUCUUCGUGGCCCAGAAGGAGACGGGAAACACCAUCUUGGAGUUCCAGGAAAGAAGGUCGUCUCCAUAGCGUCAAUGGAGGAUUUCUUGGGAGACUGGGCCGGCCGGCCUUUUCACGUGGUGACCCCCGUCUUGGAAAGCAUCGCCUUGUCCCGAGCAGCGGGCACCAAGGUCUACAUGAAGAUGGAGAAUGUCCAGCCCACCAGCUCCUUCAAGAUCCGAGGCAUCGGCUAUUUUUGCCAGGAGGUUGCCAAGAAAGGCUGCCAACACUUUGUUUGCUCAUCCGGAGGCAACGCUGGCCUUGCUGCAGCAUACGCAGCCAGGAAACUCGGGGUGCCCAUCACGGUUGUCGUCCCCAAGAGCACCGGAGAGGUGAUGGUGAAGCGGCUCAAGGAACAAGGGGCCGAGGUGGAGGUCUUUGGGCAGGCAUGGGAUGAAGCCAACCACAGGGCCAUGGAGAUCUCCAAGCAAGACGGCUGGGUCAGCGUCCACCCUUUCGACCACCCGUUAGUAUGGAAGGGUCAUAACACGAUCAUCAAGGAGUUGAAGGACUCCUUGGAGGCCAAACCUGGGGCCGUCGUGCUGUCCGUGGGAGGCGGAGGCUUGCUGGCUGGCGUGGUAUCGGGCCUUCAGGAGGUCGGUUGGCAAGACGUGCCCGUCAUUGCGGUGGAGACCAGAGGAGCCGACAGCUUCAAUGCCGCCGUCAAUGCAGGGAGACUGGUCACUCUACCUGCUAUAACCAGCGUGGCAAAAUGCCUUGGGGCCAAGACGGUGGCCCAGCGGGCUUUGGAUUGUACCAAGGAGUGCCAGAUCAUCUCCCAUGUGCUGGAGGACGUGGAAGCGGUGAAAGCGAUAGAGCAGUUCCUGGAUGACGAGCGGAUGCUUGUGGAGGCAGCCUGUGGAGCCUCCUUGGCCUUCCUCUACUCUGGAUACCUCCAACGGAUGCAGGAAGAGGGGCGGCUGAGCCGGCAACUGGAUUCGGUGGUCCUCAUCGUGUGUGGUGGGAACGCCAUCCGGAUGGAGGAGCUCCGGGCCAUGAAGAACCAACUGGGCAUGAAAUAAUGGGAGGGGGGUCUUCUUGAACUCGGCUCCCUCUCGAGGUGGGUUUCAUAGAAUUGUAGGAUGCUAGCGUUGGAAGAGACCAUGAGGGCCAUCUAGUCCAACCCUUGUGCUAGGCAGAAUCGUCUGGCAGGGAAGGCUCAGGCAAUGGAAAAUGGUCUUGGGAGUGAGAAUGAGUUGAGGAUCAAUCCAUAGAGAGACGCAGUGCCAUGCAACACUUCCUCCGACAGACCACCCUCCCACUUAGGUCUUGAAAAUGCUGUUUGCUUAGGUUUCGAUUGAUUGAAAUGGAUGCGCUCUCCAGGGCGAAUAUUAUUAUUGUUUACCCCAUCAAUAUUUAUCUACAGUCAGAUUGUUUUGACUGCGGUGCCGCACGUUUAAUUAGCAAGUGGGCUUUCUCCGACUCAUUCCUUUGCUACUGUCUCCCCGCAUUAUUGUCAUAAUUAUUUUUAAUUAUGGCCACCUUUGCCUGUUGCUGUGGCUCCUUCCGGUCACGAAUCGGAUGAGAACAAAGUGGCAGUCGCUGGGGCGGAAGAGCAAAAAACUCUCCGUUUGCCAUGCCCACUUUCCCGGUCAGACCCAUUCAGUCAACAAUGCAUUGCAAACAGGCCAUAUUUGAUUGGCAAGAUCCCUUUUCUUGCAGCCUAGAGCAUGCAAAAGGAGGAAGAGGGUAUUAUAAUGACUCUCAGUAGCAGCUAUUAGUAAGUCAAAUAUUGAGUACUGUUAAUAUUCAUGAAUAUGAAGGUUGGGUAAAGCUAAAGGUAAAGGUUUCUCCUUGACAUUAAGUCUAGUUGAGUCUGAGGGGUGGUGCUCAUCUCCAUUUCCAAGCCGAAGAGCCGGCGUUGUCCAUAGACACCUCCUAGCUCAUGUUGCUGGCAUGACGGCAUGGAGCGCUGAAAGUUGGGAUCCUGCAGCAACCAUACUCAUGGAGCCGUGGUUACAUCCAAUGGCAGUACGGAGGCUUCUGCCUGCUGGAGAGAGACUUUUCUUAGGCAAUCGAAUGGGACUUGCCUGGCCCCAUCUGGGACCAUUUCUUCCCUGCCUCUCCUUCUUUUCCCUUCUUCUUCUGGUUCAUGAUAAAUUGCCCUGGUCAAGCUGCCCCCAGGAGAUGUUUCAGGUUGAGGGAAUCCCAUAAAUCAUCAUGCCGAACCUCCCUCCCGGUUCCAAAAAGAAGGGGGAAAAGUGCUUACAAAGAAUGUCGGGAAUUGUCAAACCCUGCGGUCGUUCAGUCGGUCCGUCCCUCCCUCCAGACUUUAAAGUCACAUUCCAAGGUGCAUCUACCCUAUACACUUAAUGCAGUUUGAUACUAUUUUAACUACCAUAGCACCAUGUUAUGGAACCCUGGGAGUCACAGUUUGGCAAUCUGGACUUUGUCUAAGGAUCCCAUAGAAUGGAGUCAUGGCAGUUCAAGUGGGACUCAAACUGCUUUACUUCAACUGUCGCUUCAUUUUAGGUUUUAAUCUUAUCUGCAAGGGAGCUGUCCAAGGUGCCGGCUAUUUCUCCUAAUAGGUUUGGUACCUUGGAUAGCUCCACACCCCCUUUUCCUGACCAAUAACCAUGCCUCAUCCUUGCUGCCCUUCUCCAAACCUGCUCCGACUUGUCUAUACAUCCUUCCUAAAAGUAGGCAACCAGAACCGAGUUCCAGAAGAAAGGAUUGCUGAACUAAGCUUGGUGGGACUCCAUAAUCACAUCAGACUUCUAUUCAUUUGGGUCAGAUCUGGUUGGAAAUCUUUGAAAGCCCCAAAAUACAUCAUCUACCACAAAACAUUGACAUGAGCACAGAGUUCAUAAAUUGCCAAGCACCUUCAAUAGUCACAAUAACCAAGAUACGAAUGAAAGUCUACGUUUGCAUUUACAAAUUUGUAGCUACGUUGCAGACCACAGUGCAAGAGAUAAUCAAUAAACACAAAAACAUA